AUCCAUUAGGUGUUGGUAAACGAUCAGUUAACAUUCAACAAAUUCAGACAAUCAUUGCUCAAAUCACUUCAGUAUUGAGUGAACAAUUCAAAACAUUUGUUCAUCAAGCUAUUUCUUCAUUAAAUGAUCGACAAAAAUUAAACGAACUUAUCAAAGAAAACAUCGUUCUUAUUAAAGCUACUAUUACUGGCUUAGCUCAACAAUUAUCAACAGUUAUUCCAUCAGUACUCAGUGCUCAAGCUACUGAAGUUUUAUCCCAACUUCAAUCAGUUCUUGUAUUUUGGACAAGUGGUCUUGCCGGUUCAUUAGGUCCAGUUAUGGGUCCUUUCAGCGGUUAA